UUCCUUAAUUUCGUUCCCUUUCCUUUUUCUACCUCUAAUUCCAAUUUCUUUCAAAAGAGGAAAUCUUAAGCCACAUCCAACACCAUAGUAACCAAUCUUAAUCGCAACCGUUAGUUUGUCCUAUAUUCUCCAUCAAUGUUUGUCGCGCUUAAAAUUUGAACUCUUUGACUCGGUUCAAGCGGUGUAUAUACAAGUUUCCUUUCGCGGCCUCUGCCCUUCAAUGUCAGCUCAGCUCCUUUGUCCUCUCCCAUGUUCUCUCACUAUAUUAGCUGAAAUCGAAUUUCGACGAAGCUUUUCUUCUUGCCUCUUUAUUGAAACUUUUUGAUCAGUUCAAGUUUAAAAAGCAUCGACGUUGCGGUUUUGUUUCGUUAGAAUUUGAAAGGAACCGGACUACUUGAGCUUCGCGGUGAGUGAGUCAUGAGCAAGCGAGCGAGUCUAUGACCUAGUUUUUGAGCGGUAAAAUAUUUCGAUUUGUUGUGUGUUUUAGCAACCACUGUUUGGACGGCGAGAAAAGAAGCAAGAAAACCUUAAUGAAAAACAGUAAAAAGGAUCGACUUAAAUCAGGUUGCUUUUUCCAUACUUAGAGGGUUGGUUUGUAUCAUAAAAAGAUUCAAGUUACAGAUUUGAAGUAAAGUUUGUAGCUUAAAAAUCGAAUCAGUUUCAGAUUUUUUUCUCAUCAGAGGGAAUUGUUUCAACGACAAUGGCGCUCGCUUUAGAGGUUUUGACGAAGCCGGGGGCAAUAGUAGGAUCGGAUCACUCAUCAGUAGUGUCGAUAAACCUUUUCGUGGCACUUCUAUGUGCCUGUAUUAUAAUUGGCCAUCUACUAGAGGAGAAUCGGUGGAUGAACGAAUCCAUUACAGCCCUCGCCAUUGGUCUGUGCACUGGGGUGGUUAUUUUGCUUACAACUGGAGGAAAGAGCUCACAUCUUUUAGUUUUUAGUGAAGAUUUAUUCUUUAUUUAUCUUCUUCCACCUAUUAUUUUUAAUGCUGGAUUCCAGGUGAAGAAGAAGCAGUUUUUCCGCAACUUCAUGACCAUCGUUCUCUUUGGUGCAGUUGGUACACUGAUCUCCACUGGUGUCAUAUCAAUAGGUGCUAUGCACUUCUUCAAGAAAAUGAACAUUGGUUCCCUCGACAUAGGAGACUAUCUUGCAAUUGGAGCUAUAUUCUCUGCCACAGAUUCUGUUUGUACCUUACAGGUGCUUAAUCAGGAUGAAACACCUUUACUAUACAGUCUGGUUUUUGGAGAGGGUGUGGUAAAUGAUGCCACAUCUGUGGUUCUUUUCAAUGCAAUCCAGAGUUUUGAUCUCUCCCACAUCAAUUCAAGUGUUGCUAUGCAGUUUUUUGGGAACUUUCUAAAUCUGUUUAUCUCAAGCACCAUUUUGGGAGUUUUAGUGAGACUCUCUCUCUCUCUCUCUCUCUGUGUGUGUUUUGCAUGUGUUUUCUUUUUCUGCAGUUUCAAAAUUUAUGUGUAUUUUUUUUUUAAACAGUCUGGACUACUCAGUGCAUACAUUAUUAAGAAGCUUUACUUUGGCAGACGCUCUACUGACCGUGAGGUUGCUCUGAUGAUUCUCAUGGCUUACCUUUCAUAUAUGCUGGCUGAACUAUUCUAUUUAAGCGCCAUUCUCACUGUAUUCUUCUGUGGGAUUGUUAUGUCUCAUUAUACAUGGCAUAACGUCACCGAAAGUUCAAGAGUGACAACCAAGCAUGCUUUUGCCACAUUGUCAUUUGUUUCCGAGAUCUUCAUUUUCCUUUACGUUGGAAUGGAUGCCUUGGACAUUGAGAAAUGGAAGUUGGUAAGCCAUAGCCCUGGGACAUCAGCCGGUGUGAGUGCAAUACUUUUGGGAUUGGUUAUGGUUGGAAGAGCAGCCUUCGUUUUCUCCUUAUCCUUUCUAUCCAACUUGACCAAGAACUCUUCCUGUGAAAAAAUUGAUAUCAAGCAACAGGUAACAAUUUGGUGGGCAGGUCUUAUGCGUGGUGCUGUUUCGAUGGCUCUUGCUUAUAAUCAGUUUACCAAUUCAGGCUAUACACAAUUGCGUGGGAGUGCGAUAAUGAUCACUAGUACCAUCACAGUUGUCCUCUUCAGCACAGUUGUGUUCGGUUUAAUGACAAAACCAAUAGUUAGGAUCUUGCUUCCAUCUCCAAAUCACACUUCCAGUUCUGAACCGUCUAGUCCUAAAUCUCUCAUUGUGCCACUCCUCAAUGGGCAAGAUCUAGAGGAUAACAAAGGCAGCUACGAUGUUUCUUACCCAACAAGUUUAAGGAUGCUGUUAAGCACCCCUUCUCUCACAGUCCACCAUUAUUGGCGAGACUUUGAUGAUGCCUUCAUGCGGCCUGUUUUUGGCGGCCGGGGAUUUGUACCUUUCAUCCCUGGUUCCCCAACUGAGGGAAGUCUUCUCCAGUGACAGCAGUGAGGAGAAAUUUUCAAUGAGUGUAUGACUACUAAUUUAAGUAGGGUAGUUCAUGAAAUCGGCUUUUCAUUCAGUCAGAGAGAUUUUUUUUUUUUUUUUUUAACAAGUCAGAGUGAGGUUGUGUUCAAUUUUGGUAUUAUUUUUCUUGUGUAUAUGGUUUUUCAAAUGAGAUUGUGUUCCAGAUACUGGAUUUUGUAAAGUGCCAAUUUCUUGGCUUUAUUUAAAAUAAAUAAUAUGCGA